UUUUUGCUGAAUUUUGGGCAUACUGGAAAGUGAAGUCUGGAUGCCCAAAAUUGAAAGAAAUGGUUGAAAAACUGAUCAAAGAUGAGACUCCAGUUGAUGAUAACUGGAAGAGAUCUUUCCUAGUGGUUGCAGUUAACACCUGCAUUAAAUCCACUACUAAUUUAUCGCCAAACUUCAGAUUCCUAGCAAGCACUGUUGACUUGGAGCAAGUGAGGAAUCUAAAUUGGUGCCAGUAUGCAUACACCAGCCUUCUUGGGGCAGCUAUGUACUGGAAUGUGGACCGUAGCAGAUGGUUUGCUGGUCCACUACCAUUUCUAAUGGUAUGUUAUUUCGAUCGGGUGCAGAUCAUGGAAGAGUACCCUCCAAGGAUCUUCCCCCUAAUUUCUUGCUGGACAAGAGAUAUGAUAAGCAGCAGGGUACGCAAUGACAAUGCUACAGGCUUCGGACAUGGCUUGAUUCUGGACAGAAUUCAAGGUCCACCUGAGCUACAACUGUACAGGGAGGAGAUGGAGCUGCUCAAACAGCAUAAAGCACUCAGUGAACAACCACCACCACUUCUUCUUCAACACCCACAACAACAACAGCAGCAACAUGAUGAACAACCAUCGCAGCAACCACUGCAGCAACCACAACAGCAACAUCAACACCAAGAGCCUAACUGGUCCACAAAUGAUGUGCCCAGAGAACAUCAAGGUGCACCAGUGACUCAACUCGGGGAUGACAAAGAUUUGCCAGAGCAACAGGCAGACCCCAGUGAGAAAGCAAAAGUCCCUUCUACAAUUGAGGAAUUCCAUGCUGAAUUCACUAAAACCACUACUGAACUCAGUAGUGUCAUGAACAAGUUCAACGACUUAUUGUCGUUGUCCAGAAAGUUCUUUGACACUACUAUUGAUGUCAAAAAAAGUCUGCCAUUCAAUAUGGCAAAAAUGUGGUCAACAUGCUCUGGAACUGAAAUUCCAGUUACUUUUGAGAAGGGCAACUCUACAGAAGAGCGGCAAGAAGGAAGGAAUACUGAGGAGAUUGGUUCAAUCCUCAGUCAAGAUAAAGAAUUUUUCAGCUCAGACUACUUCACAAUACUAUUUGAGGAAGCAGUACGAAAGGCAACAGAAGGAAAUGAAAGAAAGGAAAUCGAGGAAUCUGAGGAUGUUCCAUUUGAUUUGCCACCAUUUUUAACACCUCUGAUCAUGCCUUCCCAGCCUAAUGUAUUUGCUGAUUUGACAUUGAAGCUUGGAAUGGUUUCCGAUUCAAAUCCUCCUCCUCAGGCACACGACUUUGAAGAGGAAAUGAGAUUAGAAGCAAUCUUGGCAAACAAAACUUUGACUGAACGUGAUUUGGAGACAAUUUCAGGGGACAACAAAGAUGAAGCUGAAAAACAACAGCCACCUACAGAAAAAACUGAGUAUGCGUUCUUUUAAAACAGUUCACAUACACAUGUAUAAUAAAUAUGUGACUGUUUCUUUCAUUAUUCACAAUGUUCUUUUAUAAACAAUUAUUUGUUUUUUUAUUCGUUUGAUUUGUUCUUUUUAUUAAUUCUCUGUCUU